CAGCAUGUCGUCUAUGUUCAUGGUGAGGUGCUAAUACACGACGUGGGAAGGCGCGCGUCGUCUUUAAUACAAUAGACGACGUGCAAUGGGCUUGUCGUGAGUCUUAAAUUUCAAAUUAGGUUUAGGCGUUUCCCUGCACUCUCUCGCGCCGCCGCUCUCCCAAAUUUCGUGAGUUUGAAAUUUCAAGCAAAGUCUCCGCCGUCCGUCACUAUUCCAGCCACCGUCCGUCGCACCAGCCACUGUCGCACCCACCGGCGCUUCGCCCACCGCACCACCUGACGCCUCACCCCCCUCGUCGAUCGAUUUCGCCGCCCACCUCCGCCUCGGCGAAUGGAUUAGGCGAAGCCCUUGCCGCCGCCGUGAAGAGCCACCAUCGGGAGGCUCUUGCCGCGAUAUUGUGCUGCUGCCGUGAGGAAUGUGACAGUGCAGCACAAGGAGAAGGAGUGCUGUAAUGAAGGUGUGAGCAAUGGAUAUUGGUUAAUGGUGUUAGUGUUUUGUUAAAUUGUGGGAGGAAUUUCAGAAAGUGUUUAUUCAUCCAUUUGGAAGAGAAUCGACAAGAAAGGGAUAAGCUUCAACGGUGAGUUCGCUAUAUCUUGUUUUUAUGUUUUCACCAUGGUUCAAAUGGCAACCAUGGUUAGAUAAGCAUGUAUCUAGGUUAUUUUUGCACCAUGGUUAUGUAAACACUGUAGAUAAGCAUGUAUCUAGGUAGUUGAUAUGGAGAAUAGGUUGGGGAAUGGCUCGUUCCAUUCCAUUUGUUGCUGUGGUGAUGGCUUGGAGCCGAUUAUGUGCUAUGUGUGUUUAUGUGUUUGUGUAAGAAAUAGGCACAAGUAAUCAUAAAUAUUUGUGAAAUUUAUAGGUUAAGUAAAAUGACAUAUAUUUUUUUUAAUGCCCACUCUUAAGGUAAUCAAAAUGGAUAAAGGUUGGAUGUCCAAAAAUAGAUUAUCAAACGAGUACGAAGUAGGAGUGGAGUCUUUCUUGCAGUUUGCCGUUAAAAAUGGGAAAAAUCCCAAUGUUAUGCCUUGUCCUUGUGUCAAGUGUGGCAAUCUACGCGAGAAGGAUGUCAAAACCAUAAGAGCACAUCUCACAUAUAAUGGCAUGGAUUUAACAUACGUUAGUUGGAUUUAUCAUGGGGAGAGAAGUAGACCUAACACAAGCAAUAAAGAAGAAGAAGAGAGCAGUGUGGGUCAUGAUUUUUAUUCGGAUGAGCCAGUAGACAUGGUGCAUGAUGCAUAUGUUGACAAUCCAACUCAUUUUCAUAGACUGCUCGAGGAAGCUGAAAUGCCAUUAUAUUUUGGAUGUGAUGGUUUCACGAAGUUAUCUGCAACAGUUAAGUUGUACAAUUUGAAGGCAAAAUACGGAUGGAGCGAUACUUCAUUUACGGACCUACUUAUGUUGAUAGGAGAAAUGCUUCCGAAGGAUAAUGUAUUGCCUUCAUCUCUGUAUGAGGCAAAAAAAAGCUUAUCCACGUUAGGGAUGAAAUAUGAAAAGAUUCAUGCUUGCCCUGAAGAUUGUAUUUUGUAUCGAAAUGAAUAUGCAAAUUUGGUGAAUUGCCCUACAUGUGGAAAAUCAAGGUGGAAGGUGCUUAAAAAUGACAAGAUUAAUGAAGGGGUUCCAGCAAAAGUGUUAUGGUACUUUCCACCAAUACCGAGAUUCCAACGAAUGUUUGGCAACAAAGAGAUGUCUAGCAAUUUAAGAUGGCAUGCAGAUAAACGAGUUCGUGAUGGCCAUCUACGUCAUCCUGCAGAUUCACCAGCUUGGAAACUUGUGGAUGAACAAUGGCCGAAUUUUGGCAACGAACCAAGAAAUCUUAGAUUGGCACUUUCGGCAGAUGGUAUUAAUCCUCAUAGUGUCAUGUCAUCUAAGUAUAGUUGUUGGCCAAUUAUUCUUAUAACAUACAACCUUCCUCCAUGGUUAUGUAUGAAAAGAAAACAUAUGAUGCUCACUUUGUUGGUUUCUGGUCCACACCAACCAGGAAAUGAUAUUGAUGUUUAUCUGGCGCCAUUGAUUGAUGAUUUGAAACAAUUGUGGGAAGUAGGUGCUGAGAUAUAUGAUGCAUAUCACAAAGAAAAUUUCAUGCUCCGAGCUGUCUUACUUUGGACAAUCAAUGAUUUUCCUGCAUAUGGCAAUUUAUCAGGGAGCAAAGUUAAAGGGUAUUUUGCAUGUCCUGUUUGUGCUGACCAAACUUAUGCCAAAAAUUUAAAGCACAGCAGAAAAAUGUCAUAUACAGGACAUCGGAGAUUCUUACCAGACCAUCAUCCUUAUCGAAGACAGAAGAAAACAUUUAAUGGGAAGAAUGAGUUAGGACCUACUCCCAAUAUAUUGAGUGGCUCUGAAGUCUUUGAAAGGGUGGAGAAUAUCAAUUGCGUGUGGGGUAAAAAGAGUAAGAAAUCUCAAUCAAAAGGAGCUGACGAUAAGAGUGCUUGGAAGAAGAAAUCUAUAUUCUUUGAGUUGGAGUAUUGGAAGCAUUUGCACAUUCGACAUUGUCUUGAUGUGAUGCAUAUUGAGAAGAAUGUAUGUGAAAGUUUGUUUGGGACAUUACUUAACAUUCCAGGAAAAACAAAGGAUGGAGUGAAAGCAAGAUUAGAUCUUGCAGAUAUGGGAUUGAGAAAUGAGUUGGCACCAAUGAUAGGGGAAAAAAGAACAUAUUUGCCACCUGCUUUUUAUACUCUAAGCAAGGCAGAGAAACGACAAGUCUGUGCAUUUUUUGGAGGAGUGAAAGUGCCAACAGGUUAUUCAUCAAAUGUAGCAAGUCUUUUGUCCGCUGAUGACUCGAAGCUUGUUGGUCUUAAGUCACAUGAUUGUCAUACUUUAAUGCAACAAUUGCUUCCGGUAGCCAUACGCGGUGUGUUGACAAAGCAAGUGCGGUAUGACAUUACUAGAUUGUGUUUCUUUUUCAAUGUCUUAUGUAACAAAGUUGUUGACGUUUCAAAGUUGGAAGACAUUCAAGGAGAUAUCACAACCACAUUGUGCCUGCUUGAAAAACACUUUCCUCCUUCAUUCUUUGACAUAAUGGUCCAUUUAACUAUCCAUCUUGUUCGUGAGGUAAAACUAUGUGGACCAGUGUGGUAUAGGUGGAUGUAUCAAUUGCAAAGCUAUAUUGGUGUGCUUGCUAGGCAAAAAAUUAAAGUUAACAUAGAGAAGUGGAGUGAUGUACCUCAAGAAGUGAAAGGCACAAUUUGGGAAUCGGUUAAAUUGGUGUUCAAUGUGCAUGAAGAUUGGAAAAAGAAAUGCUUGACUUCAGCAAAUACAAAGUGGCGUCAAUUUAAGUCAUAUUUGUAUAAAACCUACAUUAUACCAUUCCAUGAUCAGCCUGAGCUGUUGUAUCAUCCUCCACCGGAAUAUAUAAUUCCACAAGAUGAUUGGAAGGAUUUUGUCAUUACUCGUAUGUCAGAAGAAUCUCGGAAAAAAAGCCAAGAGCUAACGGCGACGCGAAAACAAAAUGUAUAUCCUCAUCAUGUUUCACGCAAGGGAUAUGCCGGCUUACGGGAAGAAAUGAAGGAGCAAUUGACAGGUGAUUAUGAAUUUGAUAGAGCACUUUUGUGGAAGCAAGCACGAGCAAACAAGAAAGGGGAAUUUGAGGGUGAAAUGUUAACAGAAACAGUUUCAAAGAUUGAUGUUUACCUACGACAAAAGCAUGAUGGUGUGUUUACCAGUAGUGGACCAAGUGAUGAUGUCCUUACACAAGCAAUUGGGAAGCCCGAACAGCGUGGUCGUGUGAGAGGUGUUGGUGCAUAUGUUACUCCAACGACUUAUUACAAGAAAAGUGAAAGUGAAAAAGGGAAUGAAGUGCAAGAAAUGAAAAAACAAAUGGCUGAGAUGAACGCCAAAAUAUUGGAGCUUCAACAACAAAUGAUGAUGAACAAAGAAAGUGAGGAGAAGGGCAGUUGUUCUGUGAAGAAUGAGCGUUGUGUUGAAGUUGAUGAUGAUGAUGUUGAGGAAGUUCCUCGUGACAAUGUUUUGUCGUUGGUCAAAACACCGAGAACUAAGUCAAAAAAGGAUGUGAAGGAUACAAUGAAGUUGAAGGCAACCGAUGUACCAACGGCAUUAAAGAUGUUGCACAAAUACGCAAGUGUUGCACUCAAUGGUGGUCGCACUAUUCAAUUCACCUUGGAUCCUAAUGUCUUUGGUAAUAAUCGAGAAGUUUUUGUUGAAUUUGAUGAAAUCCACAAAAUGUGUGAAUUGGAGCCUAUCGCAGCAUCGAGCAUUUGUGUCUACAUAUGGCACUUAUACAAGGAGUGUGAGGCUUCAAACAUUCUUGAUAGAAUUCGAUUUGUUGAUCCAUAUUUGGUAUCAUGCGAUCCAAGUGUUGACCAAAACGAACAAGCGGGUAGGUUAGGCCAGAGGUUGAUUGGUACCAAAAACAAUCAACUUGUUAUGAUGCCAUGCAAUGUAGGUUGGCAUUGGAUUCUUUUGGUGAUUGAUCCACAUAAAGAAACUGUAUAUGCGUUGGAUCCAUUGUUAGAUGGUACCCAUGUUGAGGAUUGGAAGAGCAUGAUGACGUUAGCCAUGAAAAUGUUCAACAUGAGCAUAGGAACAAGAGGGAGGAAGACUCCUUUGUGGGAAACGAUCAAUGCUCCACAACAACCUGAUGGAGCACAAUGUGGAUUCUAUGUUAUGCGAUUCAUGAGAGAUGUCUUUGACAAUCUUGUAUCCGAUCACUCUCUCCCAUUAGCUACGUUGUUCACAGGAGGAUGUUAUUCCAAAAAAGAAAUUGAUGAAAUGAGGAUAGAGUGGGCAGAGUUUCUAAGUUCGAUUGAUGAUUGAUGAUGAUGGUGUAACUUUGACACUCAAGUAACCUCAUUUUUGACUUACAUGUAUUAUCAUCAACAAUAUUUUUUUGGAUUUGAUGUAGGAUGAUUGUAUGAUGGAUACUUUUUCAAUGUAGGAUGAUAAUUAACUUUGAUUCUAAUGAAUGACCUUUUUAUUA